AUGGCACCAAACCGCUCCACCAGAAAAAUCUCGGCAGUCAGUAGUGAAGCGACACACUUUUAUGGUGAACCACACAAGUAUGAUCCUUCUUUCAGAGGUCCAGUCCACAGAAGAAGCUGCACAGAUAUCUUGUGCUGUCUGAUCUUCAUCCUCGCCAUUCUUUCCUACGUUGCCCUCGGAAUAGUAGCCUGGUUCCACGGUGACCCCAGGAAGGUGCUCCACCCAACAAACAGCUAUGGGGAGUUUUGCGGUCAACCGGGAACCCCCAAUGCGAAGAGGCCCAUUCUCUUCUAUUUCAACAUCUUGAAAUGUGCCAAUCCUUCUAUUCUGAUCAACCUACAGUGCCCAACAACUCAGAUGUGUGUGUCAAAGUGCCCUGACAAAUUUGCCACUUAUGCUGAGAUGCAGCUGGAGCACAAACUCGGGAGCAGUUCCUGGCAGUAUUACAGACAGUUUUGCAAACCUGGCUUCGACAAUCCCAACAAGCCAGUUUCUCAGGUCCUACGAGACGAAGAUUGCCCUUCAAUGAUUGUGCCAAGUAGACCAAUUCUACACAGAUGCCUACCGGAUGUCAUGACUCUUAACGGGACAGUAACAGUAGCAAAUAAGACGAAGUUCCAAGACGCUCUCCAAAAGGCUCACAAUGUCACGGAACUCCACGAUGCUGCCAAAGUAUUACGACGACAAAUGGAUGCUCGGGAGCUGGGCUUGAAGAUAGUGGAAGACUAUGCUAAAUCAUGGCCUUGGAUUAUUUUAGGUCUGCUGAUAGCCAUGCUGUUUAGUUUGAUCUUUAUAGUGCUCCUCAGAUUCACAGCCGGGCUGAUGUUGUGGAUUACCAUCAUCACUGUCCUGCUACUCUUGUCAUACGGUAUGUGGUACUGUUCGAUGGCGUUAACCACCCUGAAACAGAAUCAAGGUUCCGACGUAUCCAUUGUGGAAGUUGGAUUGCAGACUGAUCUGAAAGUCUACCUGCAGCUCAGACAAACAUGGAUGAUUUUAUUGGCGACUCUGGGAGUGGCAGCACUAUUGAUAUUGUUGAUACUUGCCAUCAUGAGGCGGAGGAUUACGUUGGCGAUUGCCUUGCUUAAAGAAGCCAGCAAAGCCACCGGUCACAUGAUGUCAACCCUCUUGUACCCGCUCAUAACAUUUCUUUUGCUGUUAAUUUGCAUUUCCUAUUGGGCUGUUACUGCAUUGUACUUAGCAACUUCAGGUGAAGCUAUCUAUAAAGUCAUGUCCCCUAAUGCCAGCUGUCCUAAUUCCAACAGCACUUGCAAUCCUGAGACUUUCAACAGAUCUGAAGAAACCUCCUGCGUGGGUUCUCAGUGCCUGUUUGCAUUUUAUGGUGGAGAGACACCUUACCACCAGUACCUGUUUGUACUCCAAAUCUCCAAUUUGCUAAUCUUUCUCUGGCUGGUAAACUUCAGCCUGGCCCUGGGACAAUGCACUCUUUCUGGAGCUUUUUCCAGCUACUAUUGGGCCAAGAGCAAGCCUCAGGAUGUGCCCGCCUAUCCGCUAAGCUCAUCCUUCAGUAGGGCACUCAGGUUUCACACAGGGUCUUUAGCAUUCGGGGCUCUGGUUCUCUCUGUGGUGCAGCUAUUCCGGAUCGUUCUGAAAUACUUGGAAAAUAAACUCAAAGGGUUCGACAACAGCUUCUCCAGGUUCAUACUAUGUUGUCUUACAUGCUGUUUUUGGUGUUUGGAAAAAUUCAUUCGUUACAUGAACACAAAUGCUUAUAUCAUGAUAGCAAUCUAUGGCAAGAACUUCUUCAGGUCUGCUCAAGAUGCAUUCUUUCUUCUCAUGAGGAACAUGGUCAGGGUUGCAGUCGUGGACAGAGUGACGGAUUUUCUUUUGUUUUUGGGGAAAAUCAUGGUAGCCGGAGGAGUUGCUGUGCUAGCGUUACUUUUCUUUAUGAAGAAAAUCGUUCCUUUACAAGAGGAAGUCCCCGAUCUCAACUUUUAUGAAGUUCCUGUCAUGACGAUUGUGGUUGGCUCCUACCUGAUUGCGCAUGGUUUCUUCAGCGUUUAUGCCAUGUGUGUCGACACUUUUUUCCUCUGCUUCUGUGACGAUUUGGAGAGAAAUGACGGAAGUGCUGAAAAACCUUUCUUCAUGUCACCGGCGUUGCGCAGAAUUCUGGGAAAAUCCCAGUCCCAUUGA